GCACAGUGUUACCCCGCUAGCAGGACUAUCAUCCCGACGCUGUUCGACAUGACGACGCGGUCAGAAAGAGAAAAAGCUCAGAAACUGAACGAGCAACACCAGGCCAUUCUGUCUAAACUGCUGAGAGAGGACGACAACAAAUAUUGUGCUGACUGUGAGGCCAAAGGUCCUCGAUGGGCUUCAUGGAACCUCGGGGUGUUCAUGUGUAUACGCUGUGCGGGCAUCCACCGCAACCUGGGUGUCCACAUCUCUAGAGUCAAAUCUGUCAAUCUGGACCAGUGGACCUCGGAGCAGAUUCAGAGCGUAGUGGACAUGGGUAACCACAGGGCCAAGCAGCUGUACGAAGCCCAUCUACCAGAAAACUUCAGUCGACCACAGACUGACCAGGCUGUGGAGGUUUUCAUCCGUGACAAGUAUGAGAGGAAAAAAUACUAUGACCAGGAAGCUCUAGCUACAGCCCAGAAGGAACAUGAAAAGAAGAAGGAUGAGAGGAAGAAAGAGAAGGACUUGGAAAAAAGCGAUCAACACAACAUUAAGUCCGAGAAUCGAGCCAGUCCCAAGAAGAGUAAAGAGACAGCUGUGGACCUGCUAGGCCUAGAUGCUCCAGAUGGUUGUGGAAAAGUCAAUGAUGAACUGGACAUUUUUGGACCAAUGGUCUCAAACCCUCUCCCUUCCUCCAAGAACACACAGCAGUCUGAGAUAGGUUCCAGUGCUGUGCCUCAACUAUCAGAUCCCUCCACCUCUUCAUCUUCUUCCUCUACCUCCACCUGUACCGCCACAAAGGCAGAGGAGAAGAAGCUGUUAUCCAAAGAUUCCAUACUGUCUCUGUAUGCCAGCAGCUCCGUGGGCAGUCAGCCUCAGAGCCAGCAACAACCUGCCACUGGGCAAGGUGUGUACAUGGCCCAGACUCAGGUUCCACAGCAGGGCUUCAACGCUUCAAUGGGAGGAGGGGCCAUGAUGGCAGGUGCGACGCUCCCCAAUGGCAGCUAUGUGGGCAUGCAGCAGAAUGUGAUGGCAGCCAAUGAAGGACAGAACAUGUACAGCAUGCAGCAAGGACAGUGGAGUGUGGGGCAGUUAUCUCAGCAGAUGGCGGGCAUGGCCACGAGCGGCGGAGCGCCGCCGCCACCAGCACCAGCAGCAACAGCACCAGCAGCAACUGGUUGGCCAGUAGCUCCAGCGGCGUCUGGUCAGACCCUCAGCACUCAGCUGUGGAAGUAAGACGCAUCCUGAAGCCUACGAACAGCCAACAUGACAAUUACAACACAGCUGCCAUGUUCUGUCUUAAUUGGAUCUCUUUCCGAUUUCAUGUUGGUGCUGUGACAAAAAAAAGAGCACUAUUGUAACGUUAUGAGAUAAUAUUGAGACAAUUAUUAGUCAUUGAGUGUGUACAGUAGAUAUGUGUGGUGCUUGGUCUUUGCUAGGCUCUCUUCACCUAUCGGGUGUCUGUCGUACCAACCUGGUCUUCUCUAAACCGCCAGCAUAGCCUUGUGAGAGGUAAUAGUCUGACUUGUAGUGUUUGUGUCACCCUCUAACUUUAUCAGGGCCAAGGUGAAGGAUUAGUGCUGCACUAGUUUGUCUUCAGCGUCACUAGAAGUCAACUUUGAGAGCGGCCAUGAACAUAGAUGAGUGUAAAGAUGUCCAUAUCAUGACUUUAACAACAUAUCAGGACGUUUAAAGACACUGCAUGUACAGUAGUACCUCGGUUUUUGUUAGUAAAGGUCCGACAAAGAUUUAAUCCUAUUAAAUCCAACAAUCUGUUCCAGAUACUCCAAAAUAUGAACACAAAACACAUUUUAAGGAAAAGUAUUAUAGUUUUCCAUGCAGAAAAGAACAUGAAAUCCAAAAAAAUUAUGAAUUUGAAAACUCUUAUUGGCGAAGACAGCGAGGGACCACACAAACGCCAUGUUCGUACUUUGUUACGAGUUCUUUUGAAUACCUUCUUUAUCAAAGUGCUGGCACUUGCAACUUUCUUUGGCCCCAUGGUGGAUUACUUUGCAGCUGUGCUCAAUGAAAUAGAAACGUGUGGUGUGACUGUGUUUGUUAGCAAAGAACUACAGAUUUAACAGGUGAUGAUGUCAAAGAGGGAGAAUGACUUGUGGGUGAAGAGUUGAGAGCUAACAAACAUUUUGUAACAAAAAAACAUUACGAACAUGAAUACACAAUAACAUGGUCUACUAAUAUCUAAAUUACAAGUUCUAAACAGUAUGUGCAAACUAAAACAUUGUGGGCCUGAUCUACUAAAGGUGUGCGUGUAUUAGAACAAGUGCAAACUUGAUAGCACACACAAAGCUGGUCGACUAAUCAGAAUCAGAAUAGUUUUUAUUGCCAUUGUUUGAGAACGGGUUCACUAACUAGGAAUUUUUCUUGGUGCAAUCAUGCAACAUAAAACACAUAUAACACAGAAUAGGUAAUAAAAUGAGCUGUAACUGAGCUAUCAGAUCUUGUUAUUG